AUGAUUAGUAAGGAUGUUGAAUUUGAUGAAGAAAGAGCAUGGAAUUCGAAGGUAGAUGAUUGUGAGAAAUAUGAUUUUCUACCAAUUUUUGAUGAAAAGGAUGAGAGAUAUGAAGAGUGUAAGAAGCACGAUCCUGAAGUGAGCCGUAAGAUGGAACAAAGUCUAACAAACAUGUUGAAAGAUGAACUGAGGUUAAGUGAAGAAGAAGCUCAGGAAAAACAGCAACGUGCAGACUUGGCGCUGUUGGAGGCUAAGAGAAUGACAUCCCAGUAUCAGAAAGAGGCAGAGAAAUGCGAUUCUGGAAUGGGUAGCUGCGAGGCGGCAAGGGAAAAGGCUGAAAAAGUAUUGGAAGAACAGAGGAAACUUACUGCAAUAUGGGAGCUUAGGGCUCGCGAGAGAGGAUGUAGAGAAGGUAUCAUGAGGUCUCAGGUUAAUCAAAACUUCGAAUAG